AUGGGCUAUAUGAUGACCCUUAUGCACCUUCAAGGAGUAGCUGAUGAAAUCAUGUGUAAGGCCUUCCCCACGACGCUAAAGGGUGCGGCAAGAAUUUGGUUUAGUCGCCUGACGCCCGGCUCCAUCAAUACUUUCAAAGAGCUAAGCGCUCAGUUUACCGCACACUUCAUCAGGGGACAUAGGUAUAAAAGGUCAACAGCUUGCUUGAUGAGCAUCAAGCAGCGAGAGGACGAGACGCUAAGAUCCUACAUAUCUCGCUUCAAUAAGGAAGCACUCUCGAUCAAUGAAGUCGACAACAAGAUAUUUGUAGCGGCCUUCACAAAUGGGCUACGGAAGGGAAAGUUUUUGUUCUCCCUAUACAAGAAUGACCCGAAGACCAUGUCAGAAGUACUUUACAAGGCCACCAAGUACAUGAAUGUUGAAGACGCGUUGCUAGCUCGAGAGGAAAAGCCCAAGAAAAGGGAGAGACAAGAAGACACGCGGCAAGACCAAGGGUGGAAGAAGGCAAGAAAAGGAGACUGA